AUGUGCCCGAGGCACUACCUUACAGACGAGGACUCAGGAUUGAAGACGUUCAUGGAGGUCGGAGAAGGCAAAGCGAUGCUGAAUGUCCGUGGAGCUAGAACCAGAACCGACUACCUGAAGACGGUGCAAAAAUUCGUAAACAAGGAACUGAGCGCCGACAAGAAAAAGAAGAGCCAGCCGGCGCCAGGAGAGGACGUCGGCAUGCCAGUGGCCGCAGUCGAGAAGGUAGUGCAGA